AUGGAAGAUCACUACGGAUUGCCGGAUCUGAGGCACCACCUCGCCGCCGCCGGCCGGAGCUUCUACCCAUCCAUCCCCCAGCCGCCGGACUUCCAGGCCGGCCACCCCUACUACGUGCUCAACUUCUGCCCUGACGGCGGAGGGUUCCCAUCUGCCGAGGCCGGCGGCGGCCUGGCCGGGUACGGGGCGGAGAGCGGCGGCGGCGGGAGGUGGCCGAGGCAGGAGACGCUGACUUUGCUUGAGGUCCGGUCGAGGAUGGACGGUAGGUUUAAGGAGGCCAAUCAGAAGGGGCCUUUGUGGGAUGAGGUCUCAAGGAUAAUGUAUGAUGAAUAUGGCUACCAAAGGACAGGAAAAAAAUGCAGGGAGAAAUUCGAAAACCUAUACAAAUACUACAAAAAGACGAAAGGCGGAAAAUCCGGCCGGCCGGACGGCAAACACUACCGUUUUUUCCGGCAGCUCGAGGCCCUUUACGGCGAAAACAACAACAACAACAAUAACAAUAACAACAACUCAUCUGCUUCGGUUUCGGACCAAACCACUUUCGCCGGCCCUAAUUUCCCUUACAACAUUUUCCCCGAGAACAACACAAACUCGUUCAUCCCAAACGAAUCUCACGCCAUUAGCAUCUCGAACAAUUCUUCCGAUUUCGACACGAUAAUCACGUCGGACGACGAAAGCGCGGAGCCCAAUAGGUCGAAAAAGAUUAUGAUGAUGAAAAGCUUCAAGGCGAAGAUCAAAGACUCGGUCGACACCCAAAUGAAGAAAAUGGUUGAGAAGCAAGAGGCGUGGAUGGAGAAAUUGAUGCGAAGAAUCGAGGAGAAUGAAAAAGAACGUAACUUGAGAGAGGAGCAAUGGAGGAAAGAAGAUGCCGAGAGGGUCGAGAGGGAGCAACGGAUAUGGGCCCGCGAGAAAGCUUGGAUCUUGGACCGUGACGCGGCCCUAAUCGAAGCUUUCGGGAAAAUGGCGGGAAAAGCCCGCCAAGAGGAUUGGGAAAGUGGUAAUGUCGCGUCGUCGACGUGGGAUUGCAUUGGGGAUUGUUUUGUGAAGUGUGGUAAGAAAAGAAUGGGCCCGUUUCAUGUUGGGCCCAUCGUUGGGGGACAAGGGCCCGAUCGCGGCAUAAACAUGGCCCGUGAGAAUGUGUCGAACGAAGGGUGUUUUAGGUACUUUAGUGGAGACGUAAAAUAUUGA